AUGACCUCAAUGCGCCCUUCUUCGACCGGUUCCCGGUCGGUUUCAGCCAACUCAGAGCGCCGCAGUUCGCGCAGGCCUUCAGCCCGCUCCGCUGCCUCUCCUAUCGGCCCCGAACCCGCUCCCGAACCCCAGGCCCCCGCGAUCACAGAAGAGAUCAGUGAGAUCAAGCGAUAUGAAGACUUUACCACUAUAGACUGGGUCCAAGAUGCCGUCUAUGAACAAUCGCGGCGGCGUGCUAAGCGGCGCAGCGGGACCAGGUUCUGGGAUCAGGAAGGCAUCCUUGGCUGGAGGCGGAAAGUUUAUGAAUCAUACGACGCAGGUCAGGCCUGGCUUGUUGUUACGCUCGUUGGUAUGGCCAUUGGAUUGAAUUCAGCUGUGCUCAAUAUUAUCACCGAAUGGCUCUCCGAUAUCAAAUUGGGUUGCCCUGAAUGGAAGCAUUGGACUUCAUUCUGGCUGUUCAACUAUGUCAUAUAUAUUUUUGGCGCCUUAAUGCUUUCAUCUAUUGCCGCAGUCCUGGUCAAGUCAUUUGCACCGUAUGCAGCAGGAUCUGGUAUUUCGGAGAUCAAAUGCAUCAUUGCUGGCUUUGUCAUGAAGGGGUUCCUCGGUGCUUGGACUCUACUGAUUAAGUCAAUUGCCCUACCGUUAGCCAUUGCAUCAGGACUUUCUGUAGGAAAGGAAGGGCCCAGUGUACAUUUUGCUGUGUGUACAGGAAACGUGAUAUCGCGCUUCUUUGGUAAAUACAAACAAAAUGCCUCGAAGACACGAGAAAUCUUAACUGCCUCAGCUGCAGCUGGUGUGGCUGUUGCUUUUGGAAGUCCGAUUGGAGGCGUGCUCUUCUCCCUGGAGGAAAUGGCCAAUUACUUCCCCCUUAAGACUCUUUGGCGGAGUUACUUCUGUGCUUUGGUAGCCACUAGUGUUCUGGCGGCUGUUAACCCAUUCCGAACGGGUCAGUUGGUCAUGUUCCAAGUGACCUAUGAUCGAACCUGGCAUUUCUUUGAACUGAUCUUCUUCGUUGGCCUGGGGGUCUUCGGUGGACUUUAUGGUGCAUUCGUUAUGAAAUGGAACCUUCGGGUUGCUGCAUUCCGCAAGAAAUAUCUUUCCCAAUGGCCUAUCACCGAAUCAGUGGUUCUUGCCGGACUAACCGCAGUACUGUGCUAUCCCAACACAUUCCUCAAGAUUAACAUGACCGAGAUGAUGGAGAUUUUGUUCCGUGAAUGUGAGGGUGCCCACGACUAUGAUGGACUUUGCGAAGCCAAAAACCGAUGGUCGAUGGUCUUGUCUCUAGCCAUUGCAACCGUUCUUCGCACAGGGUUGGUGAUUAUUUCCUAUGGAUGCAAAGUGCCAGCUGGUAUUUUCGUCCCUUCAAUGGCCGUCGGAGCAUCGUUUGGCCGCAUGGUGGGAAUCAUGGUGCAAGCACUACAUGAAUCAUUUCCGAAAUCUGCAUUCUUCGCCUCGUGCGAGCCGGACGUACCUUGCAUCACACCGGGAACAUACGCGUUCCUGGGCGCAGGUGCAGCCCUCAGUGGGAUUAUGCAUCUUACCAUCUCCGUUACGGUCAUAAUGUUCGAGUUGACUGGUGCGCUGACUUAUAUCCUGCCUACUAUGAUCGUGGUAGGAGUAACCAAAGCCGUCGGUGAUAGAUUCGGCAGCGGAGGUAUUGCCGACAGAAUGAUCUGGUUCAAUGGAUUCCCCUUCCUAGACAACAAAGAAGACCAUGUGUUCAACGUGCCUGUCUCCCACGCCAUGACCACAGACCCGCUCUCACUGCCGGAAUCAGACUUCCCAGUGCGUGAAGCAGAACAUCUUCUCAACGACAACAAGUUCCAAGGCUUCCCUGUCGUGGAAGACCGCACCAGCAAAACCCUUGUUGGGUAUAUCGGACGCACAGAGCUUCGAUAUGCCAUCGACCGUGCCCGCAGCCAUGGCAUGGUAGCUCCAAAUGCCCGCUGCGUAUUCACAAAGGAAGCAGCCGAAGCCGCCGUUGCACGAAGGGCCUCUGUACCUCACCACGCACGUUCAGACACAUUCGAUGCAAUCCAGCGCAGUGCAGGGGCCGCAUUUGUCGACUUCUCGCGGUAUGUCGACCACACCCCGUUGACCGUGCACCCGCGCCAUCCCCUCGAGACUGUCAUGGAGAUCUUCAAAAAGAUGGGACCACGAGUCAUUCUCGUCGAACACCGUGGUCGUCUGACCGGUCUCGUCACUGUAAAAGACUGUUUGAAAUAUCAAUUCAAGGUCGAAGCCGAAGAACAUACCCUCGCAGCCACGAGUUCGUCCGAAAACUCCGGAUUGGGCGGGCACCUGAACGCCCCUGCACCCGAAACACUGGACGAGCGUCUAUGGCGACUAAUCCAGACCGUUGCUAGCUUUGUAUCUGGCAGAGUGUCUCGCCGGCCGGUUCGGCUGCGUGAUCGGAAUCCACCACGACAGUCCGAGCCAUCAGGCAUCUUGGACGGUGCCGAUGAUGACGCCAUAGUCGAGUUAGAAGACAGAGAAGACCGACCGAUGAUAUGA